AUGUGGAAUGCAACAGGUCCCGAUUCGAAUCGAAAUGCCCCUCCUGGGGUUGUUCCCGAUUACAACAACCCUGAAGACGUUUACUGGACGUUGAAUAUUGUCUUGACGACGAUAUUACGGAUUUAUGUCAAGGGAACGAUUAGCCGGAACUUUGGGUUGGAAGAUUGGACAUGUGUAGCAGCAUUUAUCACCGCCGUCAUGUACUGCGUCACUUGCUUCAUGAUGGCCCGGUAUGGAGCAGGUUAUCAUGCUUGGGAAAUUCGUAAACCAGAAUACUAUAAUUGGCUAAAGUGGUUCUAUGCCAGUACAGUUGUCUAUAUCCCGGCUGCAUUUUUCACCAAAGCGACCAUUUUGCUUUUGAUGGCACGAGUUUUUGCUGUUGAACCACGAGUCGCAAAAGGAAUCAAGAUCUUGACAUGGGCUUUACUGGUGGCAUACAUUCCGAUCCAAAUACUUCGGAUUGUCAACUGUUAUCCCAUCCGGACAUACUGGGAUCCAGAUGUCAGAAACGCACGAUGUCUCAACCAACGAAAGAUCUUCUUUUCUGAUCUAUCGCUAUCGAUUGUCACGGAUUUGGUCAUUCUGUUGAUCCCGAUACCGUUGACCUGGAAACUCCGAAUGUCGAUAGGAAAAAGGAUCAAGAUUGUGUUGCUUUUGGGGGCUGGUGGAAUCGCUACAGCCUUGACACUGUUCCGUGUUGCCAAGGCGGUAGACUUUUUGAACUCGGAUGAUAUUACUGUCGAUUAUACGCCGAUCGGCAUCCUAACGGCUCUCGAGAUUACUAUUGGCUUCGUCUGCGCCUGUCUUCCAUCCCUGAACCUCCUGAUCGAUCAUCAUGUCCGUAAACGUAGGCGAGCACGAAACCCGGAUUGGCCACGCGAUCGAACACGGACAUCCCUGUUCAAGAAGCCCUUCCGAUGGAUUAGCUCGUCUACAGAGCACAUGCCCUCUCGACCGAAUCGGCCUGAAGAUGGAAUGAUAGACUUGGACGUGGAAAUGGCCAUGUUGACGGGGCAGCCUGUACGAUUACGAACGGGACGAACAGCCAGUGCAGGAUCCCACGAUAUCCGACCACUUGACCAUCGACUUAAUUCUGGCGACGGACGAAGAGAGGGAUGGCUGUCUCAAGACCGGGAUGAGCAAGACGAAGUACAGGACAGCAAAUUCAUCAUGCGAAUGGUGGAGGAAUCAAGAGCACGAGCAGACGAAGGAGCCAAAGAAUCAUGGUGUCCAGUCUGGGAUGGACCGAGGGAUCCCAUGGCAAGUCAAGGGAGCUGGAAGUUUAGCGUGCGGUCGCAUUAG